AUGUUAGCUGUGAUAUUUAUAGUACUGGAAUCGAGCACUAUAGGCAAAGAGUAUUUUCAACCUUCGUUGUCAAAAGAGGAAUCAGCGGUGACGUGGAAUUCGUCGAGGAUCGGCACCAAUGAGAAAACAGACAAUUUUCCUGAAAGUAAAACAGAGUUUCACUCAGAUGACGAAAAGUAUAUAACAUACUUACCACACAGUGGGCUUAAUAAUCAGCGUAUCGAACUACAAAAUGCCAUCACCGUCGCCUACCUUCUAAAUCGCACUCUCAUACUCCCACCGUUAAUCUUAGGUUCGAGAUUAGCGUACGCGGAUUUUGACAGAUUGACAAAAAAAUUGGCAAAACUGAGUGCUGAACGAAGUAAAGACGUGUGUGAAAGGAUAAUUAAGAAAAAAGAAAGCGAGACAAAUGAAGAAAGCAUAAGGCAGAAACUAAAUUUUAAAGAAUGUGAGAAAUUUCAUGACGCAUAUGCACUAUAUCGAUGGGAUAGAUUAUUUGACUUCAAAUUUGUGAGACAACAUGUGAGAAUCAUUCAUCGUAAGGAUUUCAAUGACACCGAACUUUACAAGACAAUAAACAUCGAAAAAAACACUUCAAAUGCAAUCUAUUACAUAAAGCAUGGCCCUCAUGCCCAUCGGUUCUUUGAGCAUACACCUAAAAACAUCUCCUCUCGUGUACACAUUGAUCUGAUUUCAGAUCUCCGCAAUUCUUCCACAAAAUUAAUAUACGUGGCAAGUUUCUUUGGGCCAAAACGUGUAGUCUGUCAACUUCCGACUUCUUGUGAAUUCAUAAAGAAGCUGCAAAAAUUUGUUCCGAGUCACCCCGUAGUGCAUCAGGUGGUGAAUGCCAUCGUUGAGGAACUGGGGGGAAGGUUUAAUUUUAUGAGUGCUCACGCACGAGUCAACGAUGGCCAUUUUAUGAGAGACCGAAAUAAUAGGGUAAAUCGUUUGAUAAAUAAAAUUAAGGUUGGAUUGACAAAGGAUCGGAAAAGGAUAUCGAAAAGCACAAAUAUCACAAGAAUUCAAGAAGAAUGCACCAAACGAUUUCCAGAUGACAAUAGGACACGAGCGAUACUUUAUCUUGCCACUGACGCACCACCGCACUCUCCUACCAUACAACCAUUGAUCAAAGAAUUUCCUUGUACAUACACGUUAAGCGACUUUAGUAAACAACUCGAACCACUUUUGAAAUUGAAAAACACAAGAGGAGGCGAUAAACAUUUAGGUAAAUUCUUGAUGCCUGUGGUGGAUCUAAUGGUGGCAGCCAACGGAGGAAAGGUGUACAUAUUAAAUAGAAGUACAUUUGGGUCGUAUUUGAUGGCAUAUCAUAGAACAUUGGGGAAGGCUAAAUCCUAG